ACAUAUUACAAUGUGCUGUCAAUAAGCGCGGCAGGGUUUGUUUAGUCAACCCAAGCGGAUGAACGUUUUGAGCUAGGGUGAUUCUAAUCUUUCCUGUUAAAGUCGAUAGGUUUGGUGGCCGGAUGCAGCGCAAGCUUGAGCCUUUACCUGGACUCAGUAAUGUCACAGGGAAGUAUACAAAGAAGUGUACAGACGAACCAUACCCACGUUUGUUCGUGCAAAGUGUAGCUGAAAUUAAACGUGAAACCACAGGUCAAGUAAAUAAGGUGAAGCCAGAGAUAACCGGAGUUCAUUGUGCGAACACCCCUUCUGCAGUUCUAUCUCUGAAUUCCUCCUCAUCUACUUCACAAUCAAGGCAGGACUCAGCAGGAGGUUCUAACUGCUUAUCUGUAGCUCACAGAACUCAGAACACUUACGCUCCAAAAUCUCAAUUCACUGCACCGAAAUCGACAUCAGCUCAUUCUUCUAUACUUUUUAGUGAGUCGCACACAUCCACAGGAAGCAAAAUAAGAACUCAUAAGUCAAGCAUUCCUAUAAAACCACAAGAUAUACCACGCACUAAAACACGCAUGAAGGAGGUGGUAAAGUCUUCCUCAUCCGGAAGUGUAUGUAAAUUGCAAUCUAAGCCUACAGGUGUGAUAAUUGCCACUCCUUGUUCUCCACUUGUUAACGAACAAGGUCUCACCCGGUCAUUUGAAAGCUUUCAUUUAAAUGACAGAGUUGCUUCGUCUAACUCACUUGGUGGUAGUGAGGAGUCCUCUCACCCGAAUUCCGAUACGACACCUUUUGUAAUGAGGAAGGACCAUGGCCAGGGAAUGACCUCUGGACCAUGCAAUGUGCUAAGUGGUUCAUAUGGGUCUGGAGAUGGAGAUUCUUCGGCAAAAGAUCAACUGUAUGACCAACCGUGCUUUGUUCAAUCACCAUGUAGACUUAAUGCUAUGAAGGACUCUCCCGCGACUGUUAACCCUCAGUGCUUCUUGAAAAGGUUCUCUGAUAGCCAAGGAGCUUAUUCCUCAGACGUCAGGCAGUUUUACAAUCUACCAGGUCCGGAGUAUUGCAUAACUAAUACACUGAACACUAUACCUGUUCAUGCAUGGGCAAGCAAAGAUCUAAUCAAUGGCCCGUCAUACCCGCAUGGAGAGCAACGCCUUUGUCACCCAGGGUGGCAGGAAAUUCGAGAUAGCAACGAGGUUUCCAGAAAAGUUUCAGCUCAGCUCUACGGUCUGCAGCCAAGGCAGGGUUCAUGGGGUAUUGGUAUGUCACAGGGAACUGAACUGUCAGCUUCUGGAAUGCCGGGUCCGCAGUGCACACAAAGUGCUCUGGAACACUAUUUAUCAGAUCUGAUAGCUGAUGAACAGCGUUUUAUGGCAGGAAGUCCUUGUAAUGCAUUUGGAUACAGCUUUUGCGGAACGGCAACUGGUUGUGGAAACCAAUCAUCUAUCGCAGCGUCUGGUGAAAAUGGAAAAAAAACGUGCUCUAUAGACUUACUUCACUUUCUAGAGCAACGUAUUGAAAAUGCCUUACGGAGUAUGACCUCAUUUGAUUCAAAACAAUACAUUCAUCCAAGUGCACAUGUCAGAGUACGUCCAAACAGAAGUGCUUCUUUAAAUCCUGUUCUUGACUCUCGAAUAAAUAGUAUUGAGUUUCCUUUACCUCUGGGCAAUGUUUGUCAGAAUCAACCUGGACCUGAUAAUGACGAUGAUGUACAAAAUUCUUCCUUCUAUGAAAACCUAGUUAAUCUUCAAAACACUCAAUGCAUUGGUUCUUAUCCUAGUAGACAUUUCGACUGCGCGCAUACGGAGAGUAACAUGCUUCAACAGUUUAAUACUGAUGAGUUGCAGUAUCUCCUCAAAGCUGUCAAGGACUUAGUAGCACUACGCACCAAUCCAUCGACAGGUACAAGCAGUUCACAAGGUCAAGAAGGGUCAAGAUUUGGUGAAAUGGAUAAACAGAAAAAGACCAUCAAAACUGAACGAGUUGAUACAUGCACGAUAUCAGGCAAAGAUGACCAGAGCACAUAUGGAAGGUCAGGCACAGAAUCGCCAUAUAUCACAAGAUCAGUAUCCAGCAGUCGCAGUAGUAGCGCUGUGAGAAAUAAUCGCUUUGAUACGUCUUCGGAAUCCCGUGGCAGUCGAGUUAGCUCUGGUGUGUCUGAAGAUGGCAGUCAUUCAAAUGCUGAUCUAAUGCAUCAGCGCUUACCUAUAGGUUUUCAACACUUUGAACGAUACCUAGACAGUAAAUUUGGGCCCGACCGCCCAACUAACAACGUAAGUGCAAACAGUUCGGAAAUGCAAGCAAAACCUGAGUUGUGUGCAAAAUCAACGCGUUCCAGUGCUGGGCAUUCCCCAUCACUUUUAUCUGGAAAUCUAUCCGAUCAUAACCCACAGUUAAUUACGAGACAAAGAGCGCCGAGCUCGAUUGCUUUGCAUUCUGGAAUAAAUAAUAUAAACACUAGUGGUGCGAGUAAAGUUGGGAAUAAUACAGAUCAUUCUUCUGUUCCGGCAGUUUCACAAUAUCCAAUUUAUUUCAAUGAAAGUUCCCAUCCAUUUUCCACAACUUCGCAGUCUGGACAAACAGAUAAAAAUUCAGAAGAACGAACGGUAGCAACUGGAAUAACUUGUGCUUCUGCAUCUAGCCAACAUGGUGAUUUCAUUCCAUCAAGUAAUACUGUAAAUUCACAUAACAGUGGAUACCUGCCCGUUCCCUCCAUGAAUUGUGCUUCUUCUUACACUGGAAGUCCAGAAGGCAACAUCAGUCAUAUGAACUGCUACACGGACUCUAGUAAUACUCAUUGUUCUGAUCCUCAAGCAGGUCAAGUGACUCCUUGGCCUCCAAACUGGUAUCAGUGGUAUGUUUCCUCUCAUAUGUUUCCUCAGAGACUCCCAUCUUAUUCUCACUAUCCAUAUCAUCAUUAUUACUAUCCGCACUUAAAACAAUAUCAACAACCACCAACACCACAACAACUACAACAGCAAUUCUGUCUUGACUUCUCAGUUUGUGCACACAAAAUGAAUCGUUUAGUCACCCCUUUAUCCUAUGCGAUGAAUCCCCCUUCAAGCUACUCAACAGCAGCACAUUUGUGCUACAUGGACACAAACCAUGCACAUGUAGUCGAAGGCACUUAUGCAUCUCCUUUAUCUGAAGGCUGUCCUUUUGUCUCCUAUGAACCACAAUCUACAGAAAAUCCCUUACCACCGUCUGGGGUAACUGGUGGUUUCUGUGCAUGUACAAAUAUGGAUGGAAUGAAAAGAUUCGCCAAUGUAAACUGUAACUAUAGUGAUAGAAUUCCAACGAAUUCCUACAUGUUUUAUAGACCAUCGGGCGUGUAUUCACCUCCACCUGGGCAUCCCUAUUUUCCUUGUAUGAAUACUGUCCGUUGCGAUCCCUUCUCGUAUUCUAACAAUAAUAAUCCAGAAAAUUACAAUUGGAAUAUUUAUUUCCAACGUCCAGGUUAUAGUCGAUUCUCAAGUUGUAUUCCGCGCUCUGGCAGUGCAAAUGCUGGAUUUACAUAUUCCUUAGAAACAGAUAAUUCAUCAAAUCAUGCAGCAGAUCGUGGUAUUGCACCGGAAUUCGAAAGAUUUCGGCAGAAUAAUAACCGUUGGGAUAAUUAUUAUGUGGGUAAUGGAAACACUCAAAUAUCAAUGCCGUCAGAACAAACAACUGAUCUACAGAAUUUCAUACAUUACAAUAACAAUAAUGUGUUACAAACACCAGCUUUACGUCCAAUGACAAAUUCGUUCAGUGCUAACGACUUAGCUGCUUAUCACAGUCAAAGUCGGAUAGGAAUCAGGUAUACUAAAUCGAGUUUUGACUUGGCUCCAGAGCUACCUGUGGAACCCGGAUUAGCUUUAUCGGAUCAUUCUAACUUCUAUUCAAAAAUCUCAUCCUUAAUUGAAAUGGACAAUGACGUUCGUUUAAUUCUACCAAAUGGAUGGUCUGAAAGACGGUCAAGUCUUGGCCGGUCAUACUAUACGUGUGACUCAACUAGACGGUCCACAUGGAAUCAUCCACUUGUUGGCCCAUGGAUACCUUUAGGAUGGGAACGUGUUGAUUCAAGUCAGGCGGGUGUUUACUACCAAAAUUUACUCAUUCCUCAUUGUCAACGUCACCAUCCGAAUCUGUGGAUUAGUUCACUUUUAAAGGACCCUGAAGUGGAACGCAAAAGUUUCUUUACAGAUCUGCGUAAAUUACAACUUUCCCUUCGGCACAGUUUAUCUGCCUGUCAUGCUGAGGUGGGAGCAUAUAAAAAUGCAAAUACAGAACAAGAACAAUACUUUAUAGUAAGUUUUCUCCUCAUAACCAAGGCUUGAUUCUUUUGUAUACCCUUCAGUUUCGUUACGUAGUCAAACAUAUACGAGAAUUGUGUGAGUGUCAGUGUGCUUGCAUCAAAACUGUUGUGCUGUUAGUGGAGCUGUGGCUGAUUGCUUCAACCAGUGGGUUACUGGUUUGAAGCCUACUCCACCUACCGAGGUCUGGGGAGCCAGAUAGUAUCAUUAGCCUUCACACAGUAUGUGUGGUUCAUUUCCUCCUGCAAGAAUGUGUGUGCACAAGUCUGGAUUUUGACCGUGCUAUUGUUUACCAGUAAUAACUGCAUAGCCUUAAAUGGUAAAGCCUAAUCCGUGGCCUACAUAAUACCUUUAUAAGCGAUCGUUUAUGAAUUUUCCAACUUUGGUUAAUUAUUUCCAACUCUUGUUCACUGCAUUGUUGUUUAAUGCCAGUAGUAGUGGUAGUGGUAUGUGUUAACUUAUGAGGGAUAAAUUCCAUAGCGUACUUUUUGAAUAACUUGCAACUAAGGUUAUUUCCCCAAAAGAAAAAAGAAUGAAACUCCCUAUUUGAAAAAGUAUAGUCUUGCUUUAUGCAGUAUCGUUGUGCCAAAGAUUUAUUAUAGAUAUUUUUCCUUCGAAAUUUACCCAACAUAAUUUUAAUGGUAAAAUGGUCUUGUCAAAUAGUGCACAACACAUCUAUUGUAGGAAAAUUGCACCAUAACUUGGGAAAUCGCUACAUCAUCGAAAAGCGAAAACAUGGCAAAAAAAGUAUGAAUACAUUCCUGUUAUAUUCCAUGUCUCAGUAUCAUCUUGAUUUAUUGACGGCAAUUCAUAAAAGCUCAACUGUAAUCACAGUGAACAAACCUUUUCAUUCUCCUUUUCUUUGAAUCAUGUAUCAGUUUCGUUUUCCUGUAGUGUUAAAAAAAUCUCUUUGCUUAUUCUUGAAGUAAAACUUAGCGCACUUCAGACCCCCUAAGUUUGAAUGUUAAAUCUAACUGCCUUCUCGUUUUGUCUGUCAGAUGAAUCACACAAUGAAAAACAGUAAAAUGGGAUUACAAUCUACCGCAUUGCCCAAGUUUAACUCAUAUAUAUUAAGUCUGACAUUUACAUUGUUGUAUGCUGUACUAUUUGCUAACAAAAGAAUUUUAUAAGUAUUAAACGGCGAUCUGAUACAUUUCUCUGCUUCAUAGACUUGAACAUACACACCUUUCGGUUUUUCCUUACAGUGUGUCUGUCAGUGGAAUGCUCCAGAUGUAAAAUAGUCCAUGUAUGCAGUAGUGAUACUAACGAUAACAAAUACCUUUAAAUUUAUUGGGGAGCUUUUCAUAUGUCAAGUUUUUCUGUGAAAAUAUUUUUCUUGCACAUAACAAAUAACACACGAUUGGGACUGAUACAUGGGCACAAAUAAUAAAACUUUCAUACCUUAUGCAUAUAUCGGACAGCAAACUGAAGUCUAACUAGUUAUCGUCAGUUGUACGUUUGUCUUAAUGGGUUAUUUACAUUAGGAAACAACACAUAUAUAUUCUUUCUAAUCAAUAUUUGCAUGAAACUAGAACAGCAUAGUUUCAGCACGGUAAACAGUUUACUUGUUAUAAUUAGCACUCUUAGGAAUGCCUAACAUGCUCAUACCUUUUCUAAAGUUUACAACAAGUUGAAUAAAAAGGUGUUUUAGGCGAAAGUUAAUUUUCGUAACUUGACUAUAUAACUGAUCCAGUUAAGCAGCGGGAAAUUAAAAGGAUCAAUAUACAAUAGCUGACACUCGUCGUACAAGAGGUGACUAUCCUACCUCAUUAGUCUACUGAAUAAAUCUCUGGAGUUUGGAGCAAUAGGUGCUGGGUUCGGGUUUCACUGAAAGCACCACUAUUUGCUGAGAUAUAGGAACAUCUAGUUGACCAGUCCCAAAGAGGAAGAAAGGCUCCUCUUAAAUUCAAUUGCUAGCCACCACUACCAAAUUAUGACUUAACUUUUAUCACUUCUGAGCACGCUAUGUAUCUUAAAUGUGUUCCACAAGCAUCACUUUUAGAAUUUUAUUGGAUUGUAAUUAGAGUUGCGUUAAAGCAUGUUUCAGAUCCAGUUGCUUCAUAUUUAUGGAUUGGUUUGGUAAGAUGAUUGUAGCGAAUUUUCACUACCUUUUGAUUUCACCUAGAUGUAAUGUUUUGAGGCCAGUAGUUUUCUCACUAAGGUGACUUCAGCGCUUAGGUUGACCAACGUUCCUCAUAUAGAGUUCUUCAGUGUGCCAAAUUCAUUAUUCCUUUGGCUUUCGAUAUUAGCCUAACAUAAAAUAUCACAAAAAGCUGUCACCAUUCAACUUUCUUUAUUUCAUUCUGCAUUUUCAAUGUUGAUGGCCUUUCUUUAUCAGAAAUGGAUUGGAAGCUGUCGAAAAAAGCUAAAUGCAUUAUUUUAUAUGUUGAAAGUUCUUUUUCUAUAGGUCUUCCACAAGCGACUUAAUUCCUUGAUUUAAAUUUGCUUCCCCUUUAACUGUUAUACUCACUUUAUGGUAGGAUUGUACUAGCCAUUAGGGCAGUCGAAAUAACGGAAAUCAUCACUAGACAUAGGAGGCCAUCAUGUCAUGUUUUUGUAGAUGAUCUACUGACUGCAAUCAUAUUCUAAGGUGGUCUUUACCUAUAUUUCACUCCUUAAAUUCUAUCGUUAUCUUUAUUCUUCAAGUUAGUUUUUUAAUUAUGUAGCACAUUGACAGACAGAAUCAAGGUAGAACCUCGCACACAAAUGCAUGGGUUCACGUCGCUACACUUUACACUGGUAUACAAAGAACAAGUGGAUAGGAAAGAAUGAUAUCGAAGCAGACAAAGUUGUGUGAGAGAAUAAACAAUCUGAAGAAAAAGAUUAGUACAAAAAUUCAAGCUCUAGAAGACGUCAAAGAGUGAAUACAUCUGCUCCACUGCGGCCGAUUUUCAGCCAUAUCACAAAGAAUUCUCAAUCACUGGUUCCUAUGGUCUUGAAGGUCCCAGCCGGGUAGUCUACAUCUCCACACACGGCUCAGAUAAGCGGUCAGGGAAUUCAUACACUGGUGUGGGGUCUUAGUCUGGUCACCAUGCACCCUGUCCUAACGUAGCCCAGCUUCCUCUAACAUGGCACAUCGGGGCAGGCGGUGACUGGGCAUGGGCAACACGUCCAAGCCACUUCAGUCGAUGAGUAUGUAGCGCUUCUUAUCCACACCGGGAAAGCCGAAAUACUUUCAUAUUGAGGCACUAAACUGUCAAAUACUUUACAUGAUUCAUUUCAGGCUGUCAAAUUUUCCUCGUCCAUGCUGUUGGUAUAACACAACAAUUAUCGAACAUAAUAUAUUACUUGGAUAUGGUCCCCUUGAUAAAGCGCUAUUUAAUUUCGUGAAUAUUUGUCGGUUGCAGAAUAUAUUCGCAUAAGAUUUCAGUUAGGCCUACGCACACAGAAUGUGACAGGGUUUUCAAUCUUAUAGUGACUUUAUUUUGUCUGGAUUUUUCAUCUGAGAGUUUUUGUGACCACUGACAUCCUUUUUCAUACGAGAUAUACUUACAGAUAUCAUGGCUGCUUAUCUCUCCAUUAUUGUCGACUAAAUAGUAGAAAUCACGUUUUCCUGGCAGCAACUAGAGGCCCGCCAUACUAACUACUUAUGACUUUCUUAUGAAACUAUUUUACCGAGUUAUCUAAAUAUAUCCCAAUCAGUGAAACAGUUUAGAAAUUUAUGUCGAUUCACUGAAAAGAGGUUGCAGCGCAAUCUGUCAGUCAAUCCUCGAAAAGAGAAACAUGGGGAAUUAGGACCAUGUAGCAACUUUGAAUACCAUAACGCUUUUAAUGAUUGAAGGUGAACUGAAAAUUUGGGUCGUGGCGGGUUUCAAACCAGCGACCACUGGGCUUCCUACCCAGUGCUCUACCAACUGAGUUGUCUUCAUUAUGCUUUAUGGGAUAUGAAGAAAGUAACUUUUGUAGUAGUAGUUGCUCAGUUUACUAGGUUGUAUAUUGACUAGAAUACUUGGCAAAACAUUCCCUGAAUAUGAUUGCCUGAAUUUAAGUGGACUGAUUAUUGGUUGCAAAAUCAAGUUUGAACGACAUUUAUGGGAAGAUCACUUGUAUAAUCAAUGACUAAAGUCAGAGCUUAUUUAUGCAAAUUUUUAGUGCUGGUGACCACAUAAAACAGUCAUUCUCAUGAAAAUCAAUAAAGUUUGCUAACCUAGGUUUCCACCGUUUGGUUGCUUACAUUCGAAUACGCGUUUUCCAUCAUUAUUCUUCAUUGUUACUAUCCUCCCCCAGAAUCGCUUUAGACACUUGAAAUUGGAAUCCUUAAUGGAAAUCAUCUACAGUUUGGAUCAGUUAUUCUACCAAGAUUUGCAUAUUUUGAUUGUGUCUUUCGAACAAGAAAGAAUGUCAAUAGUUUCCCAUAUGUUUGCCAUACAACCACCGGAAAGAACUUUCCCCCAGUUUACUGAGUCUUGAUUUCUUUUACAUUAAAGCAUUUACCUUUUCAUAUGUUCCAUUGUAUUUGACUUAGUAUUCACCAACUUAUGUAUAAAAGAUUAAUUUAUUUCUAUCCUUUGUCUCCCAAUAAAGGGAUUAAAUCUAGACUCUUAUCGGGAUUGUUUCAAAUGUCUGAAAUUUAUCCUUCUUACACCUAUGCACUUUAUGUUAUUGUGUGAAAUGACGUGUUUUAAGAAAUUUUCGCGUUUAUAGUUCAGCUACUGAAGGUAUUCAACAUUUUCUCUGAAACUCCUGUAUUUAUUGUGGAUAAACGUUCAACUUCUUUCUGUAUUUAUCAUUCACCAUUUCUCUCUGAUCAUUUUGACAUUUCAACUUUGAAUUUAUCGCUUUCUUGAGAUUGUUAUCUGAUAUUCUGACUGAUAAAACUCUAAAAUCUUCCAUUUUGAAUAUUUGCGGUUGUAUUUUUCUUAUCCUAGUUUGUCUUUUAUUCUGGUUUUUAUAACAAUUAAAUUCUUAAUCACUGUUUAGUUAACGGAAUUUCAUCAUACCUGUUUUGCAUUCAUCGCUCAAUCAUUCUGAUAACACAGAUGGAAAGUGCGGAGUUAUAUCUCUUUAAAUGCCUUAUGUAACACAUUUGAACAUCUGUAUAUUUCUGUUGAAACAAUAGUCGCUUACCAUCGUGGGCAAUCUGCACUAAGGUGCUCACUGUUUUUAAUAUCCUACAACAUGGCGUGCUAGUUCUUGUCUGAUGAGAUUGUUGUUUUUAUUG